AUGACAAAUAAUUCAACUGAUGAAGUUAAUGGAGGGCUACCUGCGAAUCCUAGUGCUAAUGAAGGGAGAGUUGGGCAAAUGGACUUACAAGAUCAUGAACGGGGUAAUCUUAUGGAUAGCACUGAUGGUGCAUCAGUAGGGUUUGGCCCUUGGAACAUGGUGGUUGGUAGAAAUGGCUUAAAAAAGGUAGUCUCCAAUGACAAUGGAAAGAAAGUACAAGGAAAACCUUCUGUUGUUCAAGUCCCAACAGGGUCACGAUUUGAUAUUCUUCGACAGAAUGACUCAGGGACUGUGAAGGAGGCUUCUAACGAUGCUCGAAAUGAGCCUGUAACAACUGAGACUAUUUUUGGUAAUCAUGAUUUCAUGCAAGGGUUGGGGAAGCAGUUGGAUAGUUCAACUAAGGAAGCUAAUGAUGCAAAAGAGAAGCAUGCUAUUGCUAAUGGAAAAAAGAAAAUAGGCAGACCAAAAAAAUCUCUCAACAACGUCAUUGACUCUAAGGUAAGUGCAGCCCAAAAUGGUGACGUCUCAGGACCUAAGACCAAACUCUGUGAGACAGGAGUAGCUGUUUCCAAAACCCCUAGGUCGAAGGCUAGAAUAGCUUACAAGUUGCCUGCUCCAAUUUUGCACCACCAUACUUAUGUGCAUGCACAUAGUAAUAAGGAGGGAAACACUGCAAACGGAAGUUUGAUGAAUAUGCAGGUUGUGGUGCCUAAUGUUGAAUCCAGUCUCACAUUUAGGCAUUAA